UCUUUGGUCAGAUGAGUCUGUUGCUCCAGCUGAACUGAGCCACAUGUUCUACAGCUCAACACAAGAACACGGGGAAAAGUUCUGGAGCAGUGUUCCUCAACUUUUAGCUUGGACCUCGUAAAGUUUUUACGUUUUUGUGUUUAUUAGGAACUUUUCAGCAAAUCCAGAAUGGAUUCUUCAAGCGCGCGCGGCAGAAGAACCGUGGACGAUCUUCUCUCGCUUUUUAAACCAAACCUAUGAACCUUCAAUGUGAUUUCUGAGACUUGUGAAUUUUCUUCUCCAGAGCUUUAAGGAACUCUUAACACUUUCACAACCAUGAUGCACCAUCCGCUGGAGAUAGGUGGACACUACUACCCUGCAGACCACAGAUCUCACAGAUACAGGAGUUUCAUGAUAGAAGAGAUUCUAACAGAUCACCCGGAUGACACGGUGUCUCCUCCAUCCGGGGAUUUGCUUAAAUUCGGGGUUCACGCGCUUCUAUCGGCACGGCCGUAUCCAAACCACUUAGUUCUGAAAGCAGAUCAGUCCGGUAUGCUGAAGUUUCCGGUAUCGCCGCUCUCCUGCCAGUUAGGGGCACCGCUGGGUUCCGCCCUUCUGUCCGGAGCUUCAGCCACCCACCACCUCCCGCUGGACCUCCACCUGCGGGGGAAGCUCGAGGCCGGGGGCGACGGCGCGAGCAAGACGAAGAAAGGCCGGCGGAGCAGGACGGUGUUUACCGAGCUCCAGCUGAUGGGUCUGGAAAAAAGAUUCGAGAAGCAGAAAUACCUCUCAACACCUGACAGAAUAGACCUAGCAGAGUCUUUAGGCCUUAGCCAACUUCAGGUCAAAACGUGGUAUCAAAACAGAAGAAUGAAGUGGAAGAAAAUUGUAUUACAAGGAGGCGGACUGGAAUCUCCAACCAAACCCAAAGGCAGGCCGAAGAAGAACUCCAUCCCCUCGAGUGAUCAGAUAUUGGAGCAGGAGAGGACAGGAGAUGCUUCUUCAUCACAAUCUGACACCAACCAAGAGGAAUAAAUCACCAAUCCCAGCUCUUGUGAUUCUACUAGUGCUAUUCGGACGCACAGGCUUGGAUUUCUCCUGAUUUGAAGCUGAUUUUUGGGCACUUACGGACAAAUCUGAACACGACGAGGUCCUGAUUUUAUACUACCUGCUUUUCCUUCAGAAGUUUGUUUUGUUUUGUUGUUUUUGGCUCUGAGCAAAAGAGAAAAAGCCACUAAAGCUUUGACUGAGGACUCGUUCAGAGCAAAGCUCAACAGAAAUGAGCCUUUCUCUCUUUUUUGUUAUUUUUUUGUUGGAGAAUGCCAUUCACAGGAACAUCUGCUCUGCAGUUUAUUGUGCUUUGUGGUUUUACUAUGUCUGAAUAAUAUGAAUAUGCGAAAUUAAAUGCUCUUUUUACAAAAAUA